CGGUUUGCGUUUGUUCGGGCUCUGUUGAUACUGUAAUCGUCUAGUUUUCAGCCUCUAAAUAAUUUAUAAAGUAUCUUUAAAACUGUUCAUGGAGCAGAAGUCACGGGAAACCACGUCUGCUGGAGGGAUGGAACCUGUAAACACCAUGUCGGACGUGUCGGUGGUUGAUUUGUCGUCGUUUGUUAACGUUGAACUCGACGUGGAAGAUAACAACAAUGGUAACGGAGAUUCUGCAGAGAGACAUGGUGUGUCCGCCAUAACUCAAGCUCUGUUUCAGAACGAUGAGGAGGAUGAAGAUGAGAGUGAUGACGAUGACAGUGGCACAGACCACUUCAACACUGGAAAGUCAGGGACUCAGCUGCAAAGGUGUGAGCGUCACGGUGGAGUGACUUCAAGUCUUCCUGACACAUUUCAGACGAACCACCUGCUGUUCUACGAGAGGUUCAAGGCCUAUCAGGACUACGUGCUCGGAGACUGUAAGCCCUCUGAGGUGAAGGCCUUUACAGCAGACUACCUGGAGAAGGUGGUGGAGCCAUGUGAUUGGCUGGCUCUGUGGUCGACUGAUGUGUUUGAUGUUCUGGUAGAGGUGCGUGAUGUGGAGCUGAAGGAUCUGAAAGCAUGUGUGAGGCUUGUGCUGCCUCUGCAGUGCGACACCAGAGGCUGUGAACUCACUGAAGAGUCCAUGGAGUCUCUGCUGGAGGCCACACAGCACAAAGUCCUACUGCAGGAGCUGCAGGUGGUCUAUGAAGAGUCUGGGGAUUUUGAUCAGACUGCCCUCGCCCUGGAGCACCUCAGGUUUUUCUAUAAGCACAUCUGGAGACAGUGGGAUGAGGAAGAUGAAGAUGAUGACUUCGACUACUUUGUCCGUUGUGUGGAGCCUCGUCUUAGGCUCUACUACGACAUCUUGGAGGACAGAGUCCCAACAGGCCUGGUGGCAGAGUACCAGUCCUUACUGGAGAAAUGUUCCCAGUGCUUCCAGCAUUUCUCUGUGCUGCGCAGCGGCCUCAGCCCUGACUCAGACUCGGAGCUGGAUAACGUGUCCAUGGUGGAGGGUCUGAAGCUGUGCGACCAGCUGGAGACGUUCAAACGUAAACUGCAUAUCAUUGAGAACCCCCUGCUGAGGUACGUGCUGGGCUACAAAGGUAAUGCCAGGCAACAGUGUGUGCAGAGUCGUGGGCCCAGAACAUCAGGCAUGAAGAUGGUCCACGUGGUCGCAGACUCCUGCAGCACCACGCAGCUCCAGUCCCUCCUCAGUGCCAGACUGCUGCCUCUGUGCUCAUGUGGGGACACUGAGAUCCAGUUCCACAGAGAGCCAGUAUCAGCUGUGGACUCAUGUCAUCAAGGGGAUGUGGUCAUUAUUCUCCCAGGGAUCUACAGUGUGAACAGCUCCAUCUUCAUACCAGACUCCAUCACUGUAGAAGGCUUUGGGUUUCCUGAUGACGUGGUGAUUGAGAAGAAAAACAAGGGCGACUCAUUUGUGGAGUCCACAGGAGCUGAUGUCCGACUGUCCAACAUCAAGUUCAUCCAGCAUGAUGCCAUCGAGGGAAUUCUCUGUGUCCGUCAGGGGACUCUGAACAUGGAGAACUGUGUGCUGCAGUGUGAGACGACUGGAGUUAUCGUCCGGACGUCUGCCCACCUCAACAUGAACAUGUGUGACCUAUAUGGAUCCAAGGGGGCUGGUGUGGAGAUUUACCCUGGCAGUGUUUGCAGUCUGGUCAGUAAUGGUAUCCAUCACUGUAAGGACGGGAUCCUCAUCAAGGACUUUGCUGAUGAUCUGGAUGUGAUGCCGUCUAUCACCAUGGAAAACAAUGUGAUCCACAACAAUGAAGGCUAUGGAGUGAUUCUAGUGAAGCCGAGCACUGAACACAGAGCUCCUGCGGACAGUGAGGAAGACCCUGCAAAAGACCCUGCUGGACAGACAGCUGAAGAUGGACAGCUGGGAGGAGUUUCAGAUCCUCCAAGUCCGACCUCCAGCAGCUCAGCAACUGCUCAGCCAGAAUCCACAGAGAACGGCACAGAUGGUGACGUGGCGUCCACCUCAGGCAGGAAGUGGCAGUUUAGUCGUCAGCUGAGCCGAAACAAAGAGAAGUCCUGCAGCCGAGCUGUCCAGGAUCUGAUGGACCACCAGAUCUUUGUCUCCAUUCAGGGAAACCAGUUCAAGCGCAAUGGCAUGGGCGACUUUGGCACCUUCUUUUACUGAGAAACCCCUCUAGCACUCUGAACUCACACAGGUCUUUUAACAUCACCAAAGUGCAAUGGUUAUUUGAUGAAAGCUUCCUAUUUUAGCUGAUUUCUUCUGUUUGUCAUGAAACAAAUUUUGCUGCUUCACAUUGUGCAGAGACGAUGAUAAGACAGGAGGCGUGGUGUGAUCAGCUGUGAGCUGAUGGUGUUUCUAACUCUGACCUUUUGAAGCACAGUAACAGUGACUGGAUCCACCUUUUAACUUUUAUCUUAUUUAUUCCUAGAGUUCCUGACGCUAAAUGUUUGAAUUUUUUUGUGCAUUAUUAGUUUGAAAUUCACUCGGCACUUUGUAGUUUUGUUGUUUCAGCUUCAGAUCUAAUAAAAGUUAUCCUGAAGGUGGGUGAGCACUGAUGUUCAGUUGGAUGUGAUCUUCACGCGGUGCCUCUGGUUUGUUUUUUACCGUUUAACGAUGUGUUUUAUGGUUGAGGGAGGAGGUUUUAUAUCAGAUUGAUAGUCUGUGGUUUAAACUGAGAACAUGAUGAAUUUCCUGAAGAUUAAAACAUG